AUGCCCUCCUCUAUCGCAGGCCGAGUCUAUACGGUCACCGGAGCCUCCUCUGGCAUUGGCCAGGCUACUGCAGUUAAGCUCGCAAAGUUAGGGGCCGCUGGUCUUGCACUUAGUGAUGUAAAUGUUGAAGGCCUUCAGAAGACUAAGGAUGAAUGCUCAAGAUAUGAAUCGAACGUCACUGUCACACGGGUUGACGUCAGUCGGAAUGACCAAGUCACACGCUGGGCAAGCGAGACUGUACAGCAGUUUGGGCGCUUGGAUGGUGCAGCAAACAUUGCUGGAAUUGCAAUGGGAGAUGGAACUACGAACUGCGAAACUAUCAGUCCUGAGAGCUGGGACAGACUGAUGGAUGUGAACCUUAAAGGAGUCAUGCUUUGCAUGCGCGCCCAACUUCCUCACCUUCCUCGGCCCGGGGGUGUGAUAGUCAAUGUCUCGAGCACUUCGGGGCUCCGCGGUCUUCCUCACAAUGCGGCAUACUCAUCUAGCAAAUUUGGCGUAAUCGGCUUGAGCGCGUCGGCUGCCGGGGAGUUUGGGCCGCUUGGGAUCCGCAUCAAUUCUUUGCUGCCGGGGCCUGUCGAUACCGCGAUCUUUCGUGAUGGAGAAGCUAGGGGCCUAUUUGACUCGCAGAUUUUGAGUAAAGCCACAUGCCUGGGGCGUAUGGGCCAGGCACACGAGAUAGCGAACGUUUUGUGCUUCCUACUUUCUGAUGAUGCCUCGUACGUAACAGGAGCACAUUGGACUGUGGAUGGAGGAUACAGCGCAUGUUGA